GAAAGAAGAAAUCUCGGAUGACAAUGCCAAGCUUCCCUGCUUCAACGGCCGGGUGGUGUCGUGGCUGGUGUCUGCAGAGGGUUCCCAUUCAGAUGCUGGCUCAGUCUGUGCCGAUAACCAAACAGAGCUGCCACCCUCCAUGGAGCGCACAGGAGGAAUUGGAGACUCCAGGCCUCCCUCUUUCCACCCUAACACUGGAGGGAGUCGGGAAAACUUGGAUAAUGAGACAGAGACAGACUCAGUGGUGUCGUCACAAAGGGAACGACCUCGUCGGAAAGAUGGCCCUGAGCACGCACCCAGGGUGAAUGGGACAGUGAAGGGAGAGCGGCGCCGAGACCUGGGCGGGUACGAGAGCUCCUCCACGCUCAUGAGCAGUGAGCUGGAGACCACCAGCUUCUUCGAUUCGGAUGAAGAUGACUCUACCAGCAGGUUUAGCAGUUCGACAGAGCAAAGCAGUGCUUCCCGUCUAAUGAGGAGGCACAAGCGACGCCGGCGGAAACAGAAGGCUCCACGCAUUGAGCGGUCGUCAUCCUUCAGCAGCAUCACAGACUCCACCAUGUCCCUGAACAUCAUCACGGUCACACUGAACAUGGAGAAAUACAACUUCCUGGGCAUUUCCAUUGUGGGACAGAGCAAUGAGCGUGGGGAUGGAGGCAUUUAUAUUGGCUCUAUCAUGAAGGGUGGCGCUGUGGCAGCUGAUGGCAGGAUUGAGCCAGGAGACAUGCUCUUGCAGGUAAAUGACAUCAACUUUGAGAACAUGAGCAACGAUGAUGCUGUGCGGGUGCUGAGGGAGAUUGUGCACAAGCCGGGGCCCAUCACCCUGACGGUGGCCAAGUGCUGGGACCCCAGCCCCCGGGGCUGCUUCUCGUUACCCAGGAGUGAGCCCAUCCGGCCCAUUGACCCAGCAGCCUGGGUGUCUCACACGGCAGCGAUGACUGGCACCUACCCAGCGUACGGUAUGAGUCCAUCCAUGAGCACAAUCACUUCCACCAGCUCCUCCAUCACCAGCUCCAUCCCAGAGACUGAACGCCUCGAUGACUUUCACCUGUCCAUCCACAGCGACAUGGCCACCAUUGUCAAAGCCAUGGCCUCACCAGAGUCAGGCCUGGAGGUGCGUGACCGCAUGUGGCUGAAGAUCACCAUCCCCAAUGCCUUCAUUGGUUCAGACGUGGUGGAUUGGCUCUAUCACCAUGUGGAGGGCUUUACAGACCGUCGUGAAUCCCGCAAAUACGCCAGCAACCUGCUGAAGGCUGGCUACAUCCGACACACCGUGAACAAGAUCACCUUCUCGGAGCAAUGCUACUAUAUCUUUGGGGACCUCUGUGGAAACAUGGCUAAUCUGUCUCUUCAUGAUCAUGAUGGCUCCAGCGGUGCCUCCGAUCAAGACACUUUGGCUCCGCUCCCUCACCCAGGAGCUGCACCCUGGCCUAUGGCUUUCCCGUAUCAGUAUCCGCCACCUCAUCCAUACAACCCCCACCCCGGCUUCCCUGACCCAGGCUACAGCUACGGAGGGGGCAGUGCAGGCAGUCAGCACAGUGAAGGGAGCCGGAGCAGCGGUUCCAAUCGCAGCGGCAGUGAGAGAAGGAAGGAGAGAGAGAAGACCGGGGAGUCCAAGUCGGGUGGCAGUGGGAGCGAGUCGGACCACACCACGAGGAGCAGCAUGCGGCGUGAGCGCGCGGCCAGCGAGCGC